AUGCAAAUAUUAGUAAAAACCCUGACCGGGAAAAGACAGUCGUUUAAUUUUGAACCAUCCAGUUCUGUAUUCCAAAUAAAGAUGGCAAUUGAGGAAAAGGAAGGGAUAGACGCAAAGCAAAUUAGGCUUAUCUACUCAGGGAAACAAAUGCACGACGACAUGAAGCUCAGCGACUACAGAGUGGUGCCCGGCUCAACCAUUCACAUGAUUUUACAACUCAGAGGAGGAUAA